UGAUUUACUGUCUGCCGAUGCAUGUGUUGUACAACCCAUGCACGUGAAAUCUGGUUGUGAAACCAAAGAUAAAGGACUGUUUAUACAACUACCCUCAUAUACCCCCCAUGCAAUGGCGUUUCUUUGUUGACUCUGGAGUUGUAAAUAUUCACGUGAUCCAGAGAUAAAGGGGUAAUAAAACAAUGUUCCACAAACCGCGUUGAUACACACGUGAAAAUUUCAGGUGCACAGGUGAAUUUCAAGAAAUGAUUGAUGAACCAAAUCAAACUCAUUAGGAAAGAAGACUUUUAGGUAAGCAAACAGAAUACAGAAGCAAAAACACAACAGAAUUAUCACACACACAGAGGUGACGACUGACGGCUGACGACAGUUCUUCUCAAAACAAUGGCGGGUGUUGGUAGGCAGUUUAUUUUGCUGCUAUGGAAAAACUGGCUCCUGCAGAAGAGAAAAGCUUGCGUGACGGUGUUUGAAAUCGUUAUGCCCAUAGUGUUCGCUGUGAUCCUUGUCUGCAUACGUCUAAUAGCGAAGAACGAAACGAUCUCACAGUCAACAAUAUGGCCGCCGUUCAAACCAAAUGACGUAUUGCUUAGGGGAUCCCAAAUCGAAAUCCUUUACUCGCCAAACACGACUGAUAUUCAGACAAUGAUGAACACUUUCCGCAAUUUUUUACCAGGUUUAGAGCCCAAUGGAAGCCAGUGGCAUGUGUACGGAUUUGAUGAUGAGAAAGCCCUCUUGGAUUAUCAUCAAAAGAACUACAAAAAAGUUCGAGCGGCAAUUUCCUUUAUGGAAGCAACUUCCGGUUUACGUAAGGACGUGGAAUACACACUUCGCGUGGCUCGGAAAGAUUUCAACGACAGGUGGCUGACCAAGAAUGUCUACCCUUUCUUCCAACUGACUGGGCCCCGGAACAAUGAUUCAACGGGAGGUAACCCAGACUAUGAAGGAACCGGAUUUUUGGCCUUCCAAUACGCUGUGGACCUAGCGGUCAUAAAACAUUUCAACUCUUCGGCCGCCGUGGACCUUUUUGACCUUUUCCUGAAGAAGAUGCCUUAUCCCCCCUACACCAAGGAUAAUCUGACCACUAUUCUACAAAUGUACCUGCCCUUCUUUCUCAUCCUGGGUUUUAUACUGUCCGCCCUCCAAACCACCAAAGCUAUCGUGUACGAAAAGGAGAAAAAGCUGAAGGAAUCCAUGAAGCUGAUGGGACUGAACUCGUCCAUUUACUGGGCGUCGUGGCUGGUGAAGAGCUCCAUCUAUCUGGUCAUCUCAUCCGCCGUCUACUGCAUCUUAUUCUCCAUUGAGGUCUCCGACAAGGGCAAAGUCCUGGCCAAGACAGACCCCUCGCUCUUCUUUGUCUUCCUGAUCUGUUACUCCAUCUCUAUCAUCUGUUUCUGUUUCAUGGUCAGCACGUUCUUCAACAAAGCUAACUCGGCCGCCUUUGCCAGUGGUAUUGGGUACUUCUGCACGUACGUGCCAUACUUCUUCCUCCAAAGCAGAUACGAGACGAUGGCCAGAUCAGAGAAACUCGGCAUAUGCAUUCUGAACAAUAUGGGAAUGGCAUUUGGCAUAAACACCAUCGGUUUAUACGAAGGAACUGGUUAUGGUGCACAGUGGAAUAACUUUGCCAAACCAGCCACUGUGGACGAUAAUUUCUCGCUGUUGGACUCCAUGCUCAUGUUGCUCGGUUCCAGCGGCGUGUAUUUGGUGAUCACGUGGUAUGUUGAUGGCGUAUUUCCGGGAGAAUAUGGUGUACCGUUACCAUGGUAUUUCCCAUUGUCGAAAAAUUACUGGUGCGGAACGACUCGAAAAUCAUCAGCAAAUAGCGAUACAGGAAAGUUGGAUCCUAAAUACUUUGAGAGAGAUCCGAAUGCCCUGUCUAUAGGCAUCAGCAUAAAUCAUCUCCGAAAGGAAUUUGGAAGUGGUAAAAGGAAGAAAACAGCUGUAGCAGACACAACGCUGAAUAUAUUUGAAGGUCAAAUUACAGCACUUUUAGGUCACAAUGGCGCUGGAAAAACUACAACCAUGUCCAUGCUAACAGGGUUCCUGCCUCCUACAUCUGGCACGGCCGUUGUAAAUGGUUAUGACAUUUCUGAGGAUAUACAGAAUGUGAGGAAGAGCCUGGGUCUGUGUCCUCAGCAUAACAUCCUGUUUGACUCGUUAACGGUGGAAGAACACUUGCAGUUUUUUGCACAGCUGAAAGGUUGUCCCAAAGACAAUGUUCAGAAAGAGGUGGAUGAAAUGAUCAGAGUUCUAGGUCUGGAAGCCAAGAGGAAAAGUUUUUCUAUGACACUAUCUGGUGGACAAAAGAGAAAGUUGUCUGUUGGGAUAGCACUAAUUGCAGGAUCAAAGGUUGUAAUCUUGGAUGAGCCAACGUCUGGUAUGGAUCCUGCGGCUCGGCGCCAAACUUGGGAAAUUUUGCAGAAAUUCAGGGAGGACCGAACAAUGAUUCUUUCUACUCAUUUCAUGGACGAAGCAGAUCUUCUUGGUGACCGCAUUGCAAUAAUGGCAGAUGGAGUUGUCAAAUGCUGCGGAACAUCUUUAUUUCUGAAGAAGUUAUAUGGAGCCGGGUACCAUCUUGUAAUGGUAAAGGAUCGAGAUUGUGACGUCAAAGCUGUAACGAACGUCAUCAAGCAACACAUACCAGCAGCCGAGCUAGAGAGUGAAAUCAGCGCCGAGUUAUCCUAUCUUCUGCCAUUUGAAGAAUCCAAGAAGUUUGAACAGUUAUUCAAUGAAAUCGAGAAAAGGAAAACAGAGCUAAAAUUGAGCAGUUUUGGAACGUCUGCUACAACUAUGGAAGAAGUUUUUCUGAAGGUAGGCGAAAGUAGCCAAAGAACGGAAGAAGAAGAGGAAAUGCAUGCUCACCACCAGAAGUCUCUCAAGUCUUACGAUAACAUGGGUUAUGGCAGCAUUACUAACAUUGCCAACGGAGUCAGCAACGGGUCCGCCGAAAAAGGCAAAAAUGGCGUCACUGAAAAAGGCCAAAAUGGCGUCAUUCAAAAUCUAAAGAUUGCUAACGGAGAGUCAUUCAUAGGUUUCAAUUCUGGUUUAAAGAAAAAUUCUGGAACAACAUUGGCCUUGCAACAGUUUUUCAGCAUGUUUGUAAAGAAGCUGAUACACACCUGGAGAAACAGAACAGUGACGCUUGUUCAGCUUCUAGUACCUGUUAUAUUCACCAUUCUUGCCUUGACAGUCGAGAAAACCCUACCAAAACAAGAAGAUGAACCGUCUUUGCUAUUAAACCUAAAGGAUUUCCCCAACAGUGUGGCCAUGUAUUCCUCAAAAUCAGCGUUUCCCGAAAGCACUUCAAUGGCGGCUGACUAUGCGAAUUCUAUAAGAAGUCAAGGAUAUCAAGUUUCUAAAUAUGAUAAAACUCCAAACGACUUUGACAACUUUAUCAUUGAAAAAAACACCGAAAUUGGACAAGCAUUCUUUAAACGCAAUUACAUCGUCGGAGGUCUAUUUGAUAUUGGUAACGCCACUACUGGUAGCAUAACGUCAUAUUUCAACGGGGACCCACUCCAUGCCAGUGCAAUAAGUUUAACCAACACAAUGAACGCAUUGCUCAAACAUUACACCGAUAGCACCCACUCCAUCAAAACUACAAAUUUCCCUUUCCCAAGACCGCUGAACGAAUCCAGCCGAGGUAUCGGAUACGCCACAAGAGGCACGGGAUUCACGAUCGCUUUCUGUAUGCUAUUCGGACUGGCCUUCCUGUCAACGAGCUUCAUCAUAUUUUUGAUCAAAGAAAAGGUGACAGGCGCCAAGCACCUUCAGAAGGUGAGCGGUGUCAGCUCGUACGCCUACUGGAUGUCGAACCUUGUCUGGGACUUGUUAAACUACCAGGUACCCAUCCUGUUGAUAAUGGUAUGUUUCGCAGCCUUCCAGACUCAGGCAUACACCGGUGACAACCGCCUUGGACUUGUUUACGCCAUGUUUUUCUUGUACGGAUGGGCCUGCAUGCCUUUCGUGUACAUCUUUUACUAUGUCUUCAAAACGCCUGCUUCCGGAAUGGUUGCCGGAAGUUUACUCAACAUUCUUACUGGUCUUGCAACAAUCAUGGCUGUGUUCACUCUCCGCGUCCCAGACCUUGGCAUAUCAGCUGACAUAUCGGACGCCAUUGAUUGGCUCUUCACUAUAUUUCUUCCUAACUACUGCCUGGGACAGACGCUGAUGAAUAUGUACGUGAACUAUGAGUACAUCGACACAUGUACAAAACUGAACUACGAGACCAUGUGUGCUCUUAAAAAUCCCCCAAUCACAUCAUGUUGUAGAGAUAAAUGUGAAAAGAAUUGUUUGAUUUUCGACACUAACUACCUCGCUUGGGAGACCCCAGGAGUUGGGAAAUACUUCGUUUUCAUGGCGGCACAGGGUGUUUUCUAUAUGACUCUUGUGUUUCUAGUCGAGUUUGGCGUCAUUAGUCGAAUCCGAUAUCUGAUUUGUAAUCGUGAUCCUCCCAUCGUGAAUUCGGCAGAAGUCGGAACAACAAGUGACGCCAUUCCUGACGAUGAUGACGUAGAAGACGAAAGACGUCGCAUCAACAAAACUGGCAUCGACAGCCUCCUUAAAACAGAUUCUCUGCUUCUACGCAACCUCAGUAAAUCUUAUGGUUCGUACUCCGCUGUGAAAAGUGUGUGUGUUGGAGUUCCGCAGCAAGAGUGUUUCGGACUUUUGGGUCAAAACGGAGCAGGGAAAACUUCGACAUUCAAAAUGUUAACAGGAGACGAAAUAGUGACAGGGGGCAAUGCAUAUCUGAACGGAUAUGACGUCAAAACAGAUCUAAAAAUGGUACAACAAAAUCUAGGAUAUUGCCCCCAGUUCGAUGCGUUGAUUGACCAGAUGACUGGAAGAGAGACCCUUACAAUGUACGCCAGACUCCGGGGAAUAAAGGAAAAUCAAAUCAAGGGGGUUGUCAACGACCUGCUGGAGAUCAUGAUGCUCAGGAAAUAUGCCGACAGGCAGUGUGGCACGUACAGUGGUGGUAAUAAACGUAAAUUAAGCACAGCCAUAGCUUUGAUUGGAGACCCGCCUUUUAUACUUCUUGACGAGCCAACCACUGGAAUGGAUCCUGCAGCAAGACGACAGCUCUGGAAUGUUCUCUCACAGGUCCGCGCUAGUGGAAGGACGCUUAUUCUUACAUCUCAUAGCAUGGAAGAAUGUGACGCUCUAUGUACAAAAAUCGUUAUCAUGGUUAACGGAAGGUUUGUUUGCCUGGGAAGUGCCCAACACCUCAAGAACAAAUUCGGACAUGGAUAUACUCUAAUAGCGAGACUUGGGCAAUCGAAAGAUGGAAUCACAGCUUCAUCGGAACCCCUCAAAAACUUCAUAAAAUCCACGUUUCCGGACAGCAUAAUCUUUGACGACCACCAGGGCUACGUGCAUUUUCAAAUUCCAGACAACAACGUCGCCUUGGGCAGGGUAUUUGGUGAAAUGGAGCGCGCGAAAUCUCAGUUUAACAUUGAAGACUACUCAGUUCACCAAACAACUCUAGAACAAGUAUUCUUAAGCUUUACCAGACACCAGGAAGCACAAAGCGUGCAAGAGGAGAAAAAGAAAUGUUGUUGUUUUUGGCGUCUAGGUUGUUGGUUUAAAUUAUUUUCUUAUAUUUUUAAUUAAAAAAAAAUAAGAAAUUGCGUUUGUUUUAUUAAGGUGUGUGAAAACGUUACAUUCAAUCACAGAUAUUAUACUUUUCACACAGUGUGUGUGCGUGCGUGCGUGCGUUCUCGUUAUCUUUAAUAAAUCCCAGAUCUGUUUUAUUUAAUGCCAGCUGACAUUUUAUGACAUUUUGGAUGAAAGACAGGAAUAAAUCAAUCCUGACCGACAACCGAUACUUUAGCCACAAAUAUCAAAACAGAACCAUGCAAGAAUACGUAAUGGAGAAAUCUGUGUAUUAAAGUUUAAAGGAUUGUGGUAACCAUUCAUUUUUUUCCAUUUUUAUUGAGUAAAAUACCUAUGUACCUAAAUUUUUCUUGUUCUUUUAACGUACCGGACUUUUGUAAAAUUUAGAUGUUGUUUUUUUUAUUAAACAAAUUUUGAAUUUUUAAUAAACGUUUCAAAAUGUAUACAAGUGACAGAUGAAAAGAAUUCCAGUCAAAUAAGAAAAAAAUAUGAUAUAACUGCCACUUUUACCGAUGUAAAAAAAAAUACAUGACCUGAACGACUGUCAUUGUAUUUUAGCUCAAACGUUUGAAAUACUAGCAUUUGGGAUUGUAAAGACUAAAAAUGAAAACAAACCUUAAAAUUUAAUAUUUAUUGCCCGCUUCCUUGGGCAAUAUUGUAGCAGAUUUAGCUGACGCAAUGCAAUAAAACCAAAACACUGUGCAACUGUACUUUUGCUUUGGAUGUCGCACAGUUUACAGACAUCCAUUUGUAAUAUUGUUGGUAUAACUUCUGUGUACUGUCUAUUUAAGAUUAGUGUUUGAUGUAACUAUGUCUACAUAAAAUAAUUGUAUCGGUUUUUCAAAAAAAAAAAAAAUAACUAGAAGUCACUUUAUCAUUCUUUUAUUUGUAAUGUACUAUAAUAAUUUUUAAGUUUGUAAAUUGCGCAAACGGGUAAAGUCACCUAAAGCUACGAUACUCCAGAACAAGUUGGCAAGCAUUUUUUACUCACACAAAUUCCCAACAAACCCGGAGCUUUUAAAACCACACAUUCUUUUUUAAACAUUGUUGUUUCUUGCAACUUUUUGAUAACAUGUACUUCUAUAAUACCAAUAUGUAAUUUAUAGUGAGGUAGGGGGUAU